AUGCACAAUCACACAACCAGCAUCCGCCCACCGCCCCAGCUCCGGAAAGGCCCGACCUACGGACAGCAUGCCCGCCUAGACUACAAUUCCCGGCGUCGUGGUGGGCUGCGCGGUGCAUCCUGGGAGUUGUGGUCCUGGCGGCCGGUAGGCGCGGGCGAAGGGCUCUUUUGGUCCGGCGACCCCGGCGUCCGUUCUGCCAAGUGUCCUCUGGCAGCGCAGGGAGGAUGGGAGCCGGGAGCUGAGCCCUCAGAGGAAAGUUGUGAACACAGCCAUUCAGAAUGGUCAGACCCAGCCAGUGAGACCCUCGUGGGGAGCACUUCCCCAGGAUACGCCUUUGGUGAUGCCUUUGAACCCCAGAGCAGCUCAGAGAAACUGGUAGGACUCUUGGGGGAUGUCUGGACAAAAUCUGCCUCCCAAAAAGCAGACGUCAGGCAAACUCCAGGGCAUCGGGAGGAUGCCCCCGUGGACCAGUCCGGCUGUGAAUCUGGUGCCUUCAGGAGCAGUCCCAGUGUGUGGCCAGAUGGCACUUGGGAAGAGAAGACUCCUUCCGAGGAGAAAUUUGGUCCAUUGGAUGGUCCUGAGACAGAGCCUCCACGCAGGCACACAGGGAGGACAUCCUCCAAGUGCAGAGAAUGUGGGAAAAUGUUCCAGAGCACCUGGGCCCUGGAGCCACACGGAAAGAGCCAUUCCCGGAACACGCCCUUCACCUGCAGUGACUGUGGCAAGGCCUUCAGCCGCAGCUCUGCGUUCCUGGUGCACCUGCGCGUCCACAUUCAGUGCCGCGGUGACCCACCAGGCAGCACCCUUGGACUCAGCAUGGAAGAGAAACCUUGAGUUCCACAGGAGCAAGGGAAAACGGGGCGGGUCAUGAUGGCUCCCCAGAGCGAUGAGUUCCGAAGGGCAGAUCUAGGACUAUCCGGGAGCAACUCUGCAUUCGAGGAUCCAGAUGGAUGCAAAAGUAUCCAGGUUCCAGAAGUAUCCCACUGUCUUCCAUUCACACUAAAUCCAUCUGAGAGAGCGGACAGGGGAGCUGAGGAGCUGGGUUUGUCAUCAGAGCCAGGGCUGUCAGGUGGCACUUCUGUCAGGACUCCGUGGUCCCAGGAUGGUCCUGGCUGGGUCUCCAGCUUCACGCUCCCUUUUCUCCACUGCUUAGCCCAGGUGAGAUACUGCCCGUACCGCCUCUGUGCUUUUCCGCUGAUUAUUCACUUCACUGUCCAAUUCUAAGGCCAGCUCACCAGGCUGCCUCUUCGUGAGGCGUUCUCCAGACACUGCAUCUAAUCCUCUCCUUCUCUGAGGAUGCUGCCGACACUUGCCUGGAGGCAUUUGUCUGCGAGUCCCCCUCUCCUUCCACAGCCCAGCAGCCACUGGCCCUUUUGGUUUUACCUGUACUCACCUGUACUUCAUUUUCUUCUCCAUCAUCACUUUAUGUGAGCCCUCAUCGCCUGUCAUGGAUUCCAGCAGGGGGCCUUCCAGACCCCUUCCUGCUUUCUCCAUACCGGCCUCCACGGCACUUUUUCCAUACACUGAUUCUGAUCAUGUUCACCAUGGCAGAAAGCUCUCUAAUGCCUCCCCUUGUACGGCAGAGCUUCCCGAAUGGGUUCCAGGUUUGCCAAGAGGAGAGUCACUUUGGGCUCCAAACAACCUUGCCAGUUACCCUCACAUAUGUGUCUGAGUACGGUCAUCUCUCUGCAUGUGCCGAGAUGUGAAUGGUUUCAAAGGACUGUUGUCUGGGAUGAACCUCAAGCUCCUGCACCUGUCUGUUCAUGAGCAUCUGUGACGUGGCCCCACUGGCCACAUCGAGCUACUAGCAGUUCUUGAAGAAGCCAUACUUUUGCCCACCGACAUGCCUUUGUACCAGGACCCGGGACCCUCCUCUUUGCUUUCCUCCAAGAUGUUUCAAAUAUCUUCUCCCUCCCCAGCAAAUUGUCACCCAUCUCCUCAGGCUGACUUCUGCCUUUAUCACUCUCGGAGCUCCUGCAACUUACCCCUCCCAAAUUUCCUCCCAUGUGGUAUUCACUCCUUGCAAUGUGCAGGACCGUUUAGUCUCUGAUCCAUGAGAUAUUACUAUAGGAUGUGAGGACAGGCCCUGACUCACAUCUCUGACACGCUCCCCCUGCAGUGCCCUUGUGUAUGUUUUCUGGGCUGUCUCCCACCACGGUGGAGGAAGGGCUGUUUUCUUUAUUAUAACUUUCCUAGUGGAAAUCUCAUUGUGCUUGUGAUUUUGACUUUGAUUUUUUAAGGUUUUAUUUAUCUAUUUUUAGAGAGGGAAAGGGAGGAGGAGAGGGAGAGAAUCAAUGUGUUGAUUGCCUCUUUCAUUCUCUCUACUGGGGACCUGACCCACAACCCUUUGGUUUGCAGGUUGACAAUCCACUGAGCCACACCAACCAGGGCUUGGCUUUGAUUUUUAAAAUUCAACUUAAACAAAAAAAAAAGUUCACCCAUUUAUCCCACCUGUGGGGGUUCUGUAGAAGAGGCACACUUAAAACAAGGACAUGGGAAAGCUGAGGAUAAAAGGAUACAAAAGGAUGUAUAAGGCAGGCAUGAAGCUGAAGGAUGCCAAUACAGCUGCAUUAAUUCUAGACAUUAGCAAGCCAUGUCUUUCAAUUUGUAGGACUGUGCACACAAACUAGAUGGAUAUGGAGAUCUUGGUUAUGUCAUGGUUACAUUUGUCAAAUUCCAUCAAACAAGCCCUGGCUGGUGUAGCUCAGUGGAUUGAGCGCGGGCCUGCGAACCAGACAAUCGUGGUUCAAUUCCCAAUCAGGGCACAUGCUGGGGUUGCAGGCCAGUUCCCAGCAGGGGACCCACGAGAGGCAACCAUACAUUGAUAUUUCUCUCCCUCUCUCUCUUCCCUUCUAAAGAUAAAUUAAUUAAUUAAAUCUUUUUUAAAAAAUUUCAUCAAACACUU